AUGACAGAGUCCUCCGAACUUCCCGAGCUUCCUCACGGAUACAACUUCCGUCCAGUAGAGAAGUCUGAUUAUUCAAAUCUGUACAUAGAGACACUCAAAGUGUUGACCACUGUGGGGGACAUCAGUGCUGAAAACUUCGACGAAGUAUACAACCAUUGGCUGAGUUUGCCUGACAUUUAUAAACCCCACGUCAUCACAAAUGCUGAGGGAGUGGUGGUGGCCACGGGAAUGCUUCUCGUGGAGAAAAAAGUCAUCCAUCUGUGUGGAAAAGUGGGCCAUAUUGAAGACAUCGCAGUUGCCAACACCGAACAAGGGAAAAACUUGGGCAGAGCCAUGAUUACCAGGCUCACCGAUAUAGCCAAGACAAUUGGAUGCUACAAGGUGAUCUUGGACUGUUCACCUCAUAAUGUUGGGUUCUAUGAAAAAUGUGGUUAUUCCAAGGCUGGACUGGAAAUGUGCACAAGAUUUAAGCAAUAG